AUGCCCAAGAACGCAGUGGUCACCUUGCGCUAUGGUCCAUACAGCGCAGUCGGCCUGUCUGUGGAGCACCGCACCUUCCGCCUGGAGGGCCUGCAAGCUGUGCUAGCUGCAGAUGGACACCUGGUCACUCUAGAGAAGAUGGAGGACUGGAAUGUGGUGGAGCUCAAGGUGAACGAAGAAGUUGUCUUCCACUGCAACAUCAAAGACUUGGAAUUCGGAGGUGAUGGUAAACUAGACCCUCUGUGCCAAGAGGCCAGGAUAGCCGUGCUAAAUGCCUACUGA